GGCCCCAGCCCCGGGCGGAGCGUUCGCAGCGAUCGGCGGCGGCCGCGGGGGUCGCGAUGGGGGCGCGGAGCGGGAACCACGGCACCCCACAGAAGUAUGACCCCACCUUCAAAGGGCCCAUUUAUGACAGGGGCUGCACUGACAUUGUCUGCUGUGUCCUGCUGCUCCUUGCCAUCGUGGCUUACGUGGUGGUGGGUGUUGUGGCCUGGACUCAUGGGGACCCCAGGAAGGUGAUUUACCCCACUGACAGCCGUGGCCAGUUCUGUGGGCAGCAGGGGACUCCCAAUGAGAACAAACCUUUCCUCUUCUACUUUGACAUAGUCAAGUGUGCCAGCCCCCUGGUGCUGCUGCAGUUCCAGUGCCCCACCAUGCAGAUCUGUGUGAGCCAAUGCCCAGACCGAUACCUGACUUACCUGGGAGCCUCCCAGAGCUCUGCACAGCUCCAGUACUACAGGAACUUCUGUGUCCCUGAGUUCCAGAACCUGCAGAAGCCUCCCCUCGAGGUGCUGAAGGACAAGGAGUGUCCAGCCAUGCUCAUCCCCAGCACUCCAUUGGCAAGAAGGUGCUUCCCAGCCAUCCAGGCCAAGGAAGGUGUCAUCAUGGUGGGCAACGAGACCACCUACAACGACGGGCUGGGGCAGCUCAGGAACGUCACCGAGCUGCUGGAAGGGGCCAAGAAAGCAAACGUGGUUCUGGAAGCCAGGCAGCUGGCCAUGAAGAUCUUUGAGGACUACACAGUGUCCUGGUACUGGAUCAUCAUAGGUUUGGUCAUUGCCAUGGUGGCCAGCUUGGUCUUCAUCGUCCUGCUGCGCUUGCUGGCCGGGGUCAUGGUCUGGGUGAUGAUCGUGAUGGUCGUCCUGGUGCUGGCUUAUGGCAUCUUCCACUGCUACCUGGAGUAUGCCAAGCUCAAAGGGGAGGCAGGUUCUGAUGUGUCCCUGAAGGAUCUGGGCUUUCAGACCGACCUCCGUGUCUACCUGCACCUGAGACAGACCUGGCUGGCCUUCAUGAUCAUCCUGUGCAUCGUGGAGGUCGUGAUCAUCCUCCUCCUCAUCUUCCUCCGCAAGAGGAUCCUCAUCGCCAUCGCUCUCAUCAAGGAGGCCAGCAGGGCUGUGGGUCACAUCAUGAGCUCGCUGCUCUUCCCCUUGUGCACCUUCUUCUUGCUGUGCCUCUGCAUCGCCUACUGGGCCAGCACAGCCGUUUUCCUCUCCACCUCCAACGAGGCCGUUUACAAGGUGUUUAAUGAGAGCACGUGUCAGUUCUCUGGGCAGAGCUGCAACCCUGAGACCUUCAACACCAGCAAUGUCACCAAGCUGUGCCCCGAUGCCCAGUGUCUCUUUGCCUUCUAUGGUGGGGAAACAGCCUACCACAGGUACCUCAUCGUCCUCCAGUUCUUCAACGUCUUCAUGUUCUUCUGGCUGGCCAACUUCAUCAUCGCCCUGGGCCAGGUCACUCUGGCUGGAGCUUUCGCCUCCUACUACUGGGCCUUCAAGAAACCUGAUGACAUGCCACCCUUCCCCCUCUUCUCCUCCUUCAGCCGCGCUCUCAGGUACCACACUGGCUCACUUGCCUUUGGCUCCCUGAUCCUCGCCAUCGUCCAGGUCAUCAGGGUCACUCUGGAGUAUCUGGACCAUAAGUUGAAAGCUGCAGAGAACAGAUUGGCCAAGUUCCUGCUGAGCUGCCUCAAGUGCUGCUUCUGGUGCCUGGAGAAGUUCAUCAAGUUCCUCAACAGAAACGCCUACAUCAUGAUCGCUGUUUAUGGCACCAACUUCUGCACCUCGGCCAGAAAUGCCUUCUUCCUGCUCAUGAGGAACAUCAUCAGGGUGGCUGUUUUAGAUAAAGUCACAGAUUUCCUCUUCUUCCUGGGGAAACUGCUCAUCGUGGGAAGCGUUGGAAUCCUUGCUUUCUUUUUCUUCACCCACCGGAUCAAGCUGGUCGAGGACACGGCUCCAUCCCUCAAUUACUACUGGGUCCCCAUCCUGACGGUGAUCGUGGGCUCCUACCUCAUCGCCCACGGCUUCUUCAGCGUCUACGGCAUGUGUGUGGACACCCUCUUCCUCUGCUUCUUGGAAGACCUGGAGCGCAACGAUGGCUCAGAUGAAAAGCCUUACUUUAUGUCCCCUGACCUGAAGAGGCUCCUGAAGAAAAGGAACAAAGGUCAGCCAGAUGCCUAGAGCCUGCCCUCAUCCUCUCCACACCUCCUCCUCUUCCUCCUCAGCACCUCACAGGGCUGCAGCCUCACUUUUGCCCCCGUGGAAACCUCCUUAAUGAACCUUGAACCGUCACCUUCGCUCCUGGGGCCGAGGGAGUUGGCUAAAGAGAGGGACUGGGUCAUGGUGAAGCUUUCAGCCUCAACCCCUCGGUGUUGCCAAAGGAAGAUGCCUCUUGCCCAUCAGCCUGUGCAGGGCAAAACAUCCCCCUGGUCCCUGGCUGAGCUCAGACAGUGAGCUGGGGAGUUGCUGGGCUGGGAUCAGUGGGAAAACGCCUGUGAUGCUGAGCAAAGCUCCAGCUCUGCCUCCCAGGCUGUUGACUGACUGAGUUUAAUUGGAUUCAGGGACUUGGGGGAGUGGUUUUAGGGGUAAGAGAUGUGAUGUUGCCAUCCAGGGUAACCCCCAAGGGCUCUCAGCAGCUCCUCUGGUGGGGUUUUUUGUCUUGCAGUGCCCCCCAAAAUGCUCCACGGCCGUUGCUGGUCCUUAGGCAGAGGGCAGGGAGGUGCUGAGGUCACCCCCAAGGCCCUGGGACUCUGCUUUGGGCUGCUUUAAGCAAUUAGUUCUUUUAGGAGUGAUGCCAAUUAGCGUUGUGGUGGAGGAGGAGGGAAAGGAGAAGGUUAAUGAGCAGGAUUUGGGUGCUGGGAGGGGCUGAGGGAUGCUCUGGGGCUCGGUAGCACUGACAGCUUCCACUGAUUCCUCCCCAAAAACCCACCCUGCAGGCUGGAACCAGGCUGGUGGGGCAGCUGUGGGGAGAGCCCGGGGUGGAGGGGAGGUGUCUGUGUCUAGAUGUGUCUUUUAGGGCUUCUAGGUUUAACUUUUAGGGGGUUUUAAGCAAACCAAAUGACAUACCACAGGUUGCCUUCACGUCCUCGAGGCACCACGGCUUCAGGUGGGGAGGUGCAGACCUCUGGCAGCUCCUGGCAGGACAGGGGGAAGCACAAGGAGGUGGUUUCCUGAGGGGAAAGGGGGGUUUGUGUAUCACUCACCCACCACAGUUCAACUGGAUCCCAUGAAAUCCAAGCCCAGAGCUGCUGAAGGGCCUUUGGAACAACAAAGGGGCUCUUCUGGGUGGAGCCACAGCUCCAAACUCUCCUCUUGUUGUGCUCUGAUGUGUUUAAAGUCAAGGCAGGGGCUGGGGGACACGAUUUACCAGCUCCCAGAGCCGUGGGGUGGGGGGAAGCAGCAGCCAGGAGGCACCUCCUGGCCUCAAAGCAAGAGCCCUGUGUGUGGCAAAGGACCCUGAGCCACGGUCCCUUCGUGCUGAAGGGUGGAUGUGGCUGCUUUAAUCCCCACCUCUCACUGAACCUCAGACCCCUGCAGGACCUUUUGUGUGAGAAGAGCAACAUCUGCCUCCCUGCUUUUGGUUUUGGGGGUGUUCUCAUUGGUUUCAGCCCUGUAGCUGCUCAUUUUGAUCUCUCCCAGUAGAAAAUCCCCCUGGCAGUGCCAGCAGCUGCCCAGGCUGAGGGCACUUGCUGGGGUCAAAGACACUGAUGGGUUUUUAACUCUAAAGCACCUUCUUCUUGGUUUUAACCCUCAUCUCGAUGGAGCUGGUCCAGUGCCUGGAGGGGAGAGCUGAAAUGAAGAGGCAGAGGUGGAGGUAGAGCUCAGAUUGGUGCAGGUAGAGCUCAGGGAGGUGGAGGGAGCUCAAAUGGGUGAAGGUAGAGCUCAGGGAGGUGGAGGAAGAGCUCAAGGAGAUGGGUAGAGCUCAAGGAGGUGAAGAUAGAGCUCAAGGAGGUGGAGGAAGAGCUCAAGGAGAUGGGUAGAGCUCAAAUGAGUGAAGGUAGAGAUCCAGGAGGUGAAGGUAGAGCUCAGGGAGGUGGGUAGAGCUCAGAUGGGUGAAGGUAGAGCUCAAGGAGGUGGAGGAAGAGCUCAAAUAGGUGGGUAGAGCUCAAAUGAGUGAAGGUAGAGAUCCAGGAGGUGAAGGGAGAGCUCAGGGAGGUGGGUAGAGCUCAGAUGGGUGAAGGUAGAGAUCCAGGAGGUGAAGGGAGAGCUCAAAUAGGUGAAGGCAAUACAAGGAGAAUCCUCUCAGUUUGGGACAGUGCUUCAGUGGGAUCAUGAAGGGACCAUUAGGGUCAUUUCUGCAGUUUCCAGCUCCCUGGCACCUCUGAGAAGAGCUUUGCUGGCCCUGAGCAGUGUUUGUUCCUCCUGUCCCGUCCCUGUGUGGGUUUGGAGGUGGUUUUGGUUUGGUUCCUGUCUCAAGGGCUUCAGUCUCCCCCUGGCUCCUUGACUCCUCUUUUUGUACCCAAACACUCUCUUUUUAGCGGGGGGAAGUGCUGUCUGAAGCAGCAGAGGGCAGACACUUGGUUUUGUUUGCAUGAACAGCCCCUGGUGAGGGUUUUUUUUGGAGGUCUGGAAAGACAAACGUUGAGAGGAGGGAGUAAACUCAGCACAAGGUGCCCUUUGGCUCCUCCACAGUGUGUGAGAGGAGCAGAAACGAGGCUGCUGGGCUUGGAGGAAGCUGCCUGCUGGGGUUUUAGGCUUGGGGAAGGUUUCCCUCUCAUGGUUUGAGGUUGUUCUUGCUGGCAGCCCGGGCUUGGAGCACGUCAGCUGCCUGAAGGUGAGGGCUUGGGUCCCUGUGAGCCACCCACGCUGUGAAUCACUCCCUGGAUGUGGCUCAGUGAAAGGAAACAAAGGGAAAACAAGGGCUAAAAACGACAGGGCUGGUGUUCAACCCCCCCUCCAGAGUCCUUCUUCUUGCAGUGUAUUCCUGAGGCUUCAUCUCCUGCUGUGCACCAAGGCUGCUCCUGAGCUCUGCCAGCACCCCCUGAGGCCUCUGCUGGUGCAACCACGAAUAAAAGUGCCUGUUUGGACCUUUC